CUUUUAAUUAUGCCAGGUCAUUUCUCUUAUUGCCAGAGCAACGUAUGGAUGAACUACCCUUUAUACCCCUAGUAAUUUUAUUAUAUAUUACCAUUUAUUUAUAAACGACGACGACGUUUUGAUCUCUGGUAUUAUUAUUAGGGUUUAUCUCCCUGUUUCUCAACUCUGAACUCUCAAACCCCACUUCCGCCAUCGUUGUUUCUUUCAAGCUUAAAAUUGACGGCGGCGACAGUUUUCUUCAGCUAAGGCGAAAAAAGGAUGGGGAAAAAGAAAUUUAUCGAUAAGAAAAAUGCCUCCAAAUACAAGAUUAUGGCCCGGGAUACGUCCGACCCGAAGUACUCAUCCGGGCCGUCCCGUGACCAAAUUUUAAUCCGGGUCGACCACAAUCAGAACGUACCUUCUGUCUUUGAGGAAGAUGACCCAGAAGAGGACUCGAUUUUCGCCGAUGCCCCUGAAGAUUGCGACGGCGACGACGAGGAUUCAAACGACGCCGUACGCAAACAUAAAUUGCCAGACCACAUACGGGAGGAGAUUCUGAAUCUAGGGUUUCCGGACGACGGGUACAAUUACUUGACCCAUUUGCGGGAAAUUAAGGAAAAAGGUGCUGGAACAGCUUACUAUGAUAAUCCCAAGGCUAGCUUUGAGGUGCUUCCGCCGGAUGUUAAGGCUUACGAUGCUUCGAGGGUUGAGGUUUCUAAGAUAAAUGAUGCUUAUGAGGAAAAACCUAUCUACAAUGUGGCAUCAAAGACUGUUGGUGUAAGAUUAAAGAAGGCAGUUGAUCCUGAAGUAGCUGCGUUAUUGGACGACAGUGAUUCGUCGAAGUUCGGGUCUGAUAUUGAAGAUUUGGAAGAGGAUUUUGUUGCCAUAGCUAAUAUUUCCGAAGGGCCGAUUGCUGAAGAAAUCAACGAGGAGAAGUUGAGCUCUGUUUCAGAUUCAAGAAUUAAACCCUCAACAGAAAUGGUUAAGCCCUCAAUAGAAAAUGCGGCUCGUGUUUCGGGCUUCGAUAGUGAGAAGCCUAGAACUCGUCGUCCUUUAGAUGAAUACUUUGACAUGCUUGAACUUAAUGAAUAUGGUGCCGAUAGUGAAGAAGAAGAAGAAUAUAAUGAGUUCAUGGAUGUGGAAGAAUCCAUCUCGGAAAAGCUCAGCCAUGCGUUGAAACAUAAUCCUUCAAAUCUCUUGCAUCUCAAAAGGGACAAGGAUGUAGAAGAAGAUGAUGAGCCACCGGAAUUAACCGCUGAAGUGAUUCGUCGGUGCAAAGAAUACGGUGUAAAAUACGAAGACGAAGAUGAUGAUUUAGAAGAUGUGUUGGUUGAAGUUAGUAGUGACGAAUCAGAAAAGUGGGAUUGCGAAACUAUUGUGACUACUUAUUCGACACUUGAUAAUCACCCCGGUAAAAUUGGAGCUCCGGAAUCAAGGAGGAAGAAGAAGUUAACGGAUGCGAUUUUUUCUGCGGGCCCCAUUGGCCAAGUGAUAACACUCGGAGGUAAAGAAAGGAUUCCUGUAGACUUUUUGCCUCAGAGCAGAAAACACAGCGAAAGCAAGGUAAAAGAUGUGAGUGAUAAGACAACCGAAGUGCCAAAACCUAAGCCACGCGGUGAAGAGACGAAGGAAGAGAAGAAAGAAAGAAAGUCUGCGGUGAAAUUAGAAAGACGUGAGGCAAGGCUAAUGAAGAAAGAAAUGAAGGGGCUUUACAAGUCCGAAGGCCACCGAGCUCAAAAAGUCGCAGCUUUCACCGGUCCAUCGUCUAUUCAUCUUAUGUGAAUGUGUUCCUACACUCUUGUGUGGUGCUCCAGUAAUACGUUCCAGUAUCGGUACACUCUACAAGCAUAGAUAUAUAGUAUAAGUUGCUUUCCAGUUCCCAGUGGAGGUUUCUGCAGAGGUUUACGGGGGAUAAUAGUGCGAUACCCCGAUUAUAUUCGGUUUUUUUUUUUGCUUGCUUGCUUACGAAACUAAUGGUUAUUGUAUUGACCUUUCGAAUUUUGUCCGAAGCACUUUAUUUCCUUACAACGAUUUCUUUUUGUUUUGUUUA